CAUUAAUUAUUUUUAAAAUCACCCAAUUAUACAUAAUUUUAUGUUAAUCUAAGUGAUGCCAUUUUUCUUUUGGCAUAUAUAACUCAAAUAGGAACGCCCCAAUAAAGGUAUAUAAAAGCCCAAAGAAAUCAUCAGUGCAUGAUAUUCUGUUCUCCUGGGACGUUACAGUUUUGCAUAGACAAGGUGAACAUUUCUCAAAACACCAUGUCUCUCCGAUUUUCUAAUGGAUCCAGGCAUGUUUGCUUAAGUUCUGGAGCUGGCUCUGUCAGAGCCCCAAAUGGAGGUGCAGGCUUUGCAGGCAGCAGUGCAUGUGGCGGCUCUGUUGCUGGAAGUGAAUUUUCCUGUGCCUUGGGAGGGGGCUUGGGCAGUGUUCCUGGUGGGAGCCAUGCUGGUGGUGCCCUUGGAAAUGCUGCUUGUAUUGGCUUUGCUGGAAGCCAAGGGGGACUCCUCUCUGGAAAUGAGAAGGUGACCAUGCAAAAUCUUAAUGACCGCUUGGCAUCCUACCUGGAUAACGUGCGAGCUCUGGAGGAGGCAAAUGCUGAAUUAGAGAGAAAAAUCAAAGGUUGGUAUGAAAAAUAUGGACCCGGAUCUUGCCGUGGACUUGAUCAUGACUAUAGCAGAUAUCACCUAACAAUUGAGGAUCUUAAGAAUAAGAUUAUCUCCUCCACUACUAUUAAUGCUAAUGUCAUUCUGCAGAUUGAUAAUGCCAGAUUGGCUGCUGAUGAUUUCAGGCUAAAGUAUGAAAAUGAGCUCACCCUUCACCAAAACGUAGAGGCCGACAUCAACGGAUUACGGCGAGUCCUGGACGAGCUGACGCUCUGCAGGACCGACCAGGAGCUGCAAUAUGAGUCUCUGAGUGAGGAGAUGACUUAUCUCAAGAAGAACCACGAAGAGGAGAUGAAGGCUUUGCAGUGCGCGGCUGGGGGCAAUGUGAACGUGGAGAUGAACGCGGCCCCCGGGGUAGACCUCACGGUUUUGUUGAACAACAUGCGAGCUGAGUACGAAGCCCUUGCAGAGCAGAACCGCAAGGACGCGGAAGCCUGGUUCAAUGAGAAGAGCGCCUCGCUGCAGCAGCAGAUCUCCCACGAUGCAGGCGCAGCCACUUCCGCCCGGAACCAGCUCACCGAGAUGAGGCGCACCCUGCAGACCCUGGAGAUCCAGCUGCAGUCCCUGAUGGCCACGAAACACUCCCUGGAGUGCUCCUUGACAGAGACCGAGAGCAACUACUGUGCACAGCUGGCGCAGAUCCAGGCUCAGAUCGGGGCCCUGGAGGAGCAGCUGCACCAGGUCAGAACCGAGACCGAGGGCCAGAAACUGGAGUAUGAGCAUCUCCUCGAUGUCAAGGUCCACUUGGAAAAAGAAAUUGAGACCUACUGCCGCCUGAUAGAUGGAGAUGGAAAUUCAUGCUCCAAAUCAAAGGGCUUUGGAUCAGGAAGCCCUGGGAAUUCAUCUAAAGAUUUAUCCAAAACCACACUGGUAAAGACAGUGGUUGAAGAGAUAGAUCAACGUGGUAAAGUUCUUUCAUCAAGGAUUCACUCCAUUGAAGAAAAGACAUCUAAAAUGACCAACAGCAAGACAGAACAAAGGGUUCCUUUCUAGCUGUCAUUUUAGAGAAGAGAAUAAUUUGGGAAAGGAUCCUGUACAAUUGCAUUAUUCUAAAUAUCAGAGAGAAUAUACACACUUUUUACUUUUAAAGAUAAGUUACUUAGCAAAAAUAGCUGUUUUCUUAGUUUUAUAGGAUAUUGAGUGUGUUUCCAAAAAAUAAAAAAGUUGAUGUGCAUUCAUUUCCAU